AAAGGCCUUACAUUUCAUGGACUGAGUCAGUGCAAUUUCCCAGUUACGAAGAGGCUAGAUCCACAGCUAAGACGAUCCUACGCAAAUCAACAUGAAGACUCUGGCUAUUUUAGCGGUUUUGAUAGCCGUCGUUACUUCUGCCAAUAUCGAUUCACCUAGAAUCCGGUCCAGCUUUAGCGAUGUUCCCAUCGCACCGAUUUCUUCGAAUAGAGCCGUUACUACUAUACGCGCCACCACCACGCUAACUACUACAGUAACAUCCCUUAUUACUAAAUUGACUACACUUAUAAUCAAACAAACGACCACCAUUCCAACCACAAUUACGUCAAUUAUUACAACCCGCCCUAUGACCACAAUUAUUAGUACAACUGUAAUACCCACAACAAAGUUCAGCACUGUAACCGAGCGUCCUUCGACUACAAUUACUAGUACAACUGUAAUACCUACGACUAAGUUCACUACUAUAACCCUGCGUCCUUCCACCACCAUUAGUACAACAACAAUCAUCCCUACCACAAAGACAAUAACUUCUACCACACGUCCUUUAACUUCCACCACAACCACUCUAACGUUCCCCGUAACAACUAUCAUAACUGAAACAACAACGUCAGAGAUUACGUUUACGGACACGGCAACUACUUUCACAACUACAACGGUGUUUCCGACAUCAACAACAACAAUCAAUCCUACCACUACUUCUCCGGUUGAGCCCACGGUGGAUCCCACUACUGAUCCUAAUUUUACAGAUGCGCCUUGUACUUCUUGUAUUACGGAUGGGAUAACAGACGCACCAACGGACACCCCUACUGUUCAACCAUCGAUGUGAAUGCAAUUUAUGAUCACCGAUUCCUACUAUUAGUCGUGUUUUUAUUAUUUUCUACAUUUUGGGGUUUUAACGGUACCAUAUUACAUUUUCAAUUAAGUCAUUUUUCCUUGACGAUGUUUCACUAAGAAUUUUUGGGUGGUCGGUAAUAAACAUUAUAUUCUAUUCGA